AUGGACCUGGAUCCUCAUUCCCAGCUUCAUCCCCAUCUUCAUCCCCAUCUAUCUUCAUCCCCAUCAUUCCCAUCUUCAUCUCCAUCUUCCUCUUCAUCCUCUUCAUCAUCCCCAUCUUCAUCUCCAUCAUCAUCCCCAGCUUCAUCCCCUUCAUCAUCUCCAUCUUCACCCCUAUCUUCAUCACCAUCAUACCCAUCAUCAUCCCCAUCUUCUCCAUAUCCUUCAUCCCUUUCAUCAUCCCCAUCAUUAUCCCCAUCUUCACCCUCAUUUUCAACCCCAUAA